AGACCCCAUCAACGUGGAGGGCUUGCUGCCAUCAAAAAUAAGGAUUAAUUUAGAAGAUAAUGUACAGUAUGUGUCCAUGAGAAAAGCUCUAAAAGUGAAGAGACCUCGUUUUGAUGUUUCACUGGUUUAUUUAACUCGAAAAUUUAUGGAUCUUGUCAGAUCUGCCCCUGGCGGCAUUCUCGACUUAAACAAGGUUGCAACAAAGCUGGGAGUGCGGAAGCGGAGAGUCUAUGACAUCACCAAUGUCCUCGACGGGAUCGACCUAGUUGAGAAGAAGUCUAAGAACCACAUUCGGUGGAUAGGGUCUGAUCUUAGCGAUUUUGGAGCAGUACCCCAGCAGAAGAAGCUACAAGAGGAACUUUCUGACUUAUCAGCAAUGGAAGAUGCUUUGGAUGACUUAAUUAAAGAUUGUGCUCAGCAGUUGUUUGAGUUAACGGAUGACAAAGAAAAUGAAAGACUAGCAUAUGUGACGUAUCAGGAUAUUCACAGCAUUCAAGCCUUCCACGAACAGAUUGUGAUCGCAGUUAAAGCUCCAGCCGAAACCAGGUUGGAUGUUCCAGCUCCCAGAGAAGACUCCAUCACAGUGCAUAUAAGAAGCACCAAAGGACCCAUUGAUGUCUAUCUGUGCGAAGUGGAGCAGGGUCACUCGAGUCGACAAGCGUCUGAAGGGGUCAAGGCCUCUUCGUCUGAAAGCAAAAACCCAGAGCACCCGAAGGAAGAAGAAAAUCCUCAGCAAAAUGAAGAAUUGCUGGAAGUGAGCAACUGAUAGCAUUUGAGAAUUCGUGUGUUGAGAGGUUUUCUGGCAUGUCCUCUGUGGAUGAAUUAUGCAUCAGAUUUGAUUCUUGGAGCAGUAAGUCAUCCGGGAAGUGCUCUCCUUCUCAGCUGGUGGCAACGUUAGGUCAGGAGUGUCUUUGGGUAGUUCCCUACCAGGAGUACUGGGUAAUUAAGGUUUUCACACUCAAAACAGCUCUUUUUAUCAUUGUUCACUGCGCUGUCAGUGAAAUACACAUCUUGGUUCCUGAUGUCUUGGUUCCCAUCUUGGUUAAUCUAUGUUGUUGAACUCCCACAUGGCUGAGAUGUGGGUUGAAAUAAUUUCGUCUUAAAGAGGAUCAUGAAAACAGACGACACACCCGAAGCAGACAGUUCUCCGUGGACUCUCCUCGCUCCUUCGAGGCUUAUGUCACUAAAGAAAUUGCCUUACACUGGGUCGUGUUUGCAGUUAACUGAUUCAUGUUUGACAGGUGUACACGCGAAUCUAAAUGUGAUGUCUUUGUAUAUAUCUGUAUAAGGUUUAGGUACCUACAGUAUGUCUAAGUGACACUUUUCACUUGUACAGCCAAAAUAAUGUAUAUAUGAAAGUGAUAGACAAAUUCUCUAAUUUCCUCUAUUUCUAUAACUUAUUAGAAUCCUCUGGAUGAGGGUUAGAGGAAAAUUUUCCCAAGCUUCUACAUGUAGAAGUAUCAUAAAUAUGCUAUACAUCUGAGUUCAUGGAUUUAAUGAAAAUAUUUUAUACAGUUCCCAGUGCUGAUGUUGAAGUCAGACACUUCUCGCUUUCAAGGUGUCUGCAGAGAUACUGUCCCAGCAGCUUGGUGGCCUGCCCUGACACUUCAGGGGCAAGUUGUAGAAACACCCUCAGGUAACAGUUUAGUUCAUUGUGAGACAUAAAUUCAAUCAUGGAGAAAUGGGAAACUACCUGCAGCUUUUUGCAAGCAGAUUUUAUAGCCGCUCCUGAGUGCAGCGCUGCUCGCUAGUCCAAGGGGUGUGACUCAGGGUGGUUCGCAGCCUGCCCUCUCUCCAGCCCUGUCCCACGUUUCCACAUACCUAGCUAUCUCUACCUCAUUGGGUAAGUCAUUUACCACUCUGUGCCUCAGUUUACUCAGUAGUUUACCAUUAGACUGUGAGCUCCUUAGGGACUUCGUCGUAAUCAUUGUUAUAUCCCAGCGCCUUGCACCCAUCAGAAGUGCUCAAUAAAUGUUUGUACAAAUCAGUGAA